UUUCUCACAUUCAAUCAAAUUUUGUAAGUUUCCAAGUACCAAGAACCUCUGUAACUUUUGAUGACUCCAAAGCUCAAGCUAGCCCCAUAACUAUCAAGGGUUCUCAGACAAUAUUCCUUAGUUCCACUUACAACUCCUAUCAACCAGAAAAUCUCUGUAAUUUCACCAUGAAACCUGAAAUACCUGAAGUAGAAGAAGAAGGCGAAGGAAUAGGAGCAUCAAGACCCCACAGAAAUCCACAGUUUUCGAACUAUGACAAUGUGCAGGUAGAAAUUCCUGAGAAUAAGAAAGCACAGAGGUACCCAAUAUCACUAACUGCUUUAGAGAUUCUAAAAUCAUACAGUAGUUUGACAAAACCCCUUUGCAAUAGCACUGAAAUUAAAGAGGUUACAAAACUCAAGAACCCAACUCUAAGAGGGAGAAGGCUCUCCACACAGGAAGUAAUUAGGAUAGCGGGGGAACAAUACCUCUACAGUGCUGAAAAGAUCGAACACAAGCAAUUUGAUAGAGCAAAGAGCCUUCUCAUGGUCUGCGAUUUCGAGUCCUCACCAGUUGGAAACCCAGUUCAGAGACUAGUCCUCUAUUUCACCGAUGCCCUUUGGGAGAUUUUAGAGAGAGAAACGGGGGUAAAAUCUCAGAACCCGACUAUCACACAAGAGAAUGAAGAUGAAGAGAGUAUAUCAAUAGGUUUUCACCCUGCUGCAAUGGUAUUUUUCCAGGUAGUCCCUUUUGUGAAAGUCCUUCAAUUCACAGCAAUUCAAGCUAUGCUUGAUGCAAUGGCCUCUUCAACAAGAAUUCAUUUGAUUGACCUUAAGGUGAGAACAGGGAUGCACUGGACCGUGCUAAUGCAGAGCCUUGCAGCAAGGCUUGAUCACCCUGUUGAGCUUCUAAAAAUAACCAUGGUGGGAAAUUCCAGAACGCGGAUGGAAGAAGCAGGUAACCGGCUUCUCGGGUUCGCACAAACUCUUAAACUUCCCUUCGUAUUCAAUCUGGUUGUUGUCUCUGACAUGGGAAAAGAGAUACGAGAGAAAUUGCCAAUGGAAGAUGGAGAAUGGGUUGCUGUUUAUGCACCUAUAGUGCUAAGCAGCAUGCUAGUUAAGCCCCACUAUUUGGAGAAUCUUGUCAAAGUUAUCAGCAGCUUGCGUCCCGAUAUAAUGGUAAUCACAGAGGUGGAAGGGAAGCACAAUUCUCCAUCAUUCGUGAAGAGAUUCACUGAGGUUUUGUUCUAUAACGGUGCUUAUUGCGAUUCUCUGGAUGCCUUCUUCGACUCCGAUGAUGUGAAUCGAUUGGUGAUAGAGAGAGUGUGCAUGGGUACAGGGAUUCGAAGCAUGGUGGGGAGAGAGGGAGGAGAAAGAAAAAUCAGGCAUGUUGGGGUUGAUGUGUGGAAGCUAUUUUUAAAGAGGUUGGGUUUUGAAGAGGUUGAGCUUAGCCAAGAUGCCUUGUAUCAGGCAAGUCUUAUAGUGAAGAAUCAUAGGCAUGCUGAUUCUUGCACAUUGGAAAUGAAUGGAAAGGCUUUGACAGUUGGGUGGAAGGGCACACCAUUGCACUCUGUUUCUGCUUGGAGGUGCCUUUAGGAAGGGUCCUUGUGCUCUCUCUCGGCUCGCUCUCAUGAGAUUAGGCCUCAUUGUUACUGAACUUAAGGAAACACACCUGAUAUUAUUUCUGCAGAAUGUUGUAAACUUGCUAUCAAUUUUAAAACAGCAACGGGGGCAAAAAAUCGUUUCCAGCUUCAUAUGAUUGGAAGAUGUGUUUCUUACUUAUUGUCAUUCACUGUGACCAAACAGAUUUUCAUUUUACUCUGUAACAAUUGCCAUGUAUGUCUCUGUGUUGCAAUAAUUCCAAUGGCAACUUUGUUUUCUGUCCAUUUAAGAAAUUUACAUUCCGAGAACAUAGUUUGGGGUCUUGAA